CGCGCCCCCUUACCCCGGGCGUCUCCAUUUUGGCCGUAGGUGGAGAGGCGACUAGGACAAGCGGGUUUUCCGUGCGGGGUCAUCAGUACUCGGAGGGCCAAGUCGGUUCAACGCACUUUGUCGUUUCCUUCCUCUGCCCCGCAGAAGCCGGGGGCGCCCAUGGCGGGCUUGGAGGUACUGUUCGCUUCGGCGGCGCCGGCGAUCACCUGUGCGCAGGACGCGCUGGUCUGCUUCCUGCAUUGGGAGGUGGUGACGCACGGCUACUACAGCUUGGGUGCCGGCGAUCAGCCAGGUCCCAAUGACAAGAAAUCAGAGCUGCUGCCUGCUGAAUGGAACAGCAACAAAGACCUGUACGUUCUCCGGUAUGAGUCUAAGGAUGGGUCCAGAAAGCUCCUUGUGAAGGCUGUCACUGUGGAGAACAGCAUGAUCAUCAAUGUGCUGGAAUAUGGCUCAGAGCAAGUGUCAGACUUGACCCUCAACUUGGAUGAUUAUAUCGAUUCAGAACACCUGACUGACUUCCACAGGGCCUACAAGAACAGUGAGGAGCUUCGGUCUCGUAUUGUGUCUGGAAUCAUCACACCUAUCCAUGAGCGCUGGGACAAGGCUAAUGUAAGCAGUCCCCAUCGAGAGCUUCCCCCUGCCACUGCUGAAGAGGUGGACCCACUCCGCAUUUACCCACAGCGCCCACAGUACCCACAAACUAGCCGGCAGCCUUCCUGGCGUGAUCCCUUGGGCCCAUUUGCUGUCGGAGGAGAGGACCUAGACCCCUUUGGGUGUCGGAGAGGUGGCAUGAUUGUGGACCCCCUGAGAUCCGGCUUUCCAAGAGUACUGAUUGACCCGUCCUCAGGCCUCCCAAACCGGCUUCCUCCAGGCGCUGUGCCCCCAGGAGCGCGCUUUGACCCCUUUGGACCCAUUGGGACCAGCCCACCCGGCCCGAGCCCUGACAGACGUGGUCAGUGACGAACCUUGUGCUGCAGUGGAAAGAGCACCAUAGAGCGUCAGGCCCAGAGGCAAGAGAUCAAAGCGCUAGCCACUUGGCUUCACAGCUAGCAUUUCAGCCAUGUUUGGGUCCUUUCACUUCUUAACUCCUUGGCUUCCUUUUCCCAAAUUAGGACAUACUACUUAUCUGGAAGAGCUACCAGAGCCUUCCUGAGGUAAUCUGCUAAUGCGCUAUACCCUGUCUGCCUUGCCUGAGAGUGGUUUCGGGGUAACGUAGACUGGGAUAUAGGCCCAGGGUGAGCCUGAGAUGGAGGCUGGGCCUGGGUGGGGAGGCCAGCGUGAGCGGGCUCGCUCGGCAUUUCUGGCGGACCCCGUCUCAAGCACCGACCUAGCAAAAGGCCACUUUGUAUCUCUCAGAACAUGUCCUCUGGAGAAAGACCCAGAGGUCAGGCAGAGCUACAAAUGCAAUCGUCAACCAUAGUUUUCUUGCUCAAGGGCCAGCAAAUGGGUGGAAUGUUUUUGUUUUGAAAUAGGAUCAUACCUGCUAUCAAAAGGACUUGGGGCAAUUUGCUCAUAAAAGCAUCUUUUACUAUAAAAGGAAUCAUUGAAAGGACCAUCAGACCAGAGACCGUCAGGCAGGCAGGGAAGGGGUAGAUAACUGUUAGGACCCUGAUUCAAAGAAAUGUCCCGUUUGAAACAAUUAACUUGCCCCUUAGAUUUUCUAGUAGCAAAGGUUGAAAGGCUAAUCCUAUACAUAACUGUGUUUUCUGAAAACAGAAACUUCAGUGAUUCAUCUGCAGAAUCAGCCAUUUUGUUGGGGUGGGGGUCUCCUUGCAUCAAGGACCUUCGGGGCACAGGUGAUACCUUCGUUGCUGCAGGGGGGCUUUUAGUCACUUCCAGUCGGGCUGCCUGUGCUUGCAGUCGGGCUGUGGCCCUCCUUUCAGCCACGAGUAACGACCAAGCAGCAAGUGGGAAUGGUUUGGGGGUGUGCUUUUUGGAGCCCAAAGGGUUGGAGCCUUAAUAAAUAUCAGCACUUAAUAACCUAGUCCUCUUUUCUAAAUAACUUUUUUGAGACAUAAUUCACUUACCCAUAAAGGUCACCCUUUUAAAAGUGUGUGUUUAAGUGGUUUUUAGUAUACCCACAGUGUUGUACAUCCAUUACUAUACUUAAUUCCUGAGCAUUUUCACCACCCCAAAAUGAAACCGCAUAUCCAUGAAGAGCCACUCUCCAUUCCCAGCCCCAGGCAACCACUAGUCUACUUUUGUCUCUGAAGAUUUGCUUAUUCUGGACAGUUCUCAUAAGUGGAAUCAUGUAAUAUGUGGGCUUUUGCAUCUGGCUUAUUUCACUUAAUGUUUCUAAGGGUCACCCGUGUUGUGGUGUCUACCAGUACAUCAUUCUUUUUUCUGGCUGAAUAAUACUCCAUUGUAUGGGUCGACCAGAUUUCCUUUAUCCAUUCAUCAGUUGGUGGACGGCUGAGUAGUUUUCAGUUUUUGGCUACUGUGAAUACUGUUGCUAUGAACGUUUGUGAACAGAUUUUUGUGUAGACAUAUGUUUUUAAUUUUUGUGGGUAUAGACCUAGGGAUGGAAUUGCUAGAUCAUAUGGUAACUAACUUGAUGUCUAACUUUUUGAGGAACUGCCAGACUGUUUGCCAAAGUGACUGUGCCAUUUUACAUUCCCAACAGCAGGGUGUGAGGAUUCCAGUUUCUCCACAUCCUUGCUAAUACUUGUUAGCCUUCUUGCGUGUAGCCCUCCUAGUCGGUGUGAAGUGGUAUCUCAUUGAGGUUUUGUCCUCUAUUUUUUUAAAAAAAGAUUUCUGGCCUAGGCCAAACAAGGCAGAGACCGGAGCCAGCCGCCCCUGCGGGCAGACCGUGGCUUCAGGAGUUGCCACUUUGGGAUGCCCGUGGCUGGUGCACCACAGAGGAGUUGCUCUGAACUUCAGGGGAAGGUUCUGGGCUGGAUGUGAUAUCCACAGGUCCUGUCUGCAGAGAAGUUCACGUGACCUUUCCAGGUCUAGUGACGUUCAUGGCAUCACUUUCACUUGGUUUGAAACUCCUUUGUUUAUCCAUUGGCUUAGAAGUAAAAUAAAGGUCUGGUUCCAAAUCCUGUCCUUUGGUUCAGUGCCAUAGACCACUUAUACUACCAUCUCUGGCAACCCCGCAUCCCCACUUCCUCUUUCUUGCCUUGUCUCCUUCCCCAUUUUUGAGCUGGCUGUGUUUCUCUUUAUGUUUAUUGACUCAGUCAUGAGCUUCUGUCAACCUCCAUUAUGAAGUCUUGAGUUUCUUGAGACCCCAACUCCAAAAAUGUAUUGUGCUCAGAAUGGAGAUUUUUCAUUCCCGUGCUGGCUGCUCAGCGCCUAUUGACGCAUAGUUAGAAAGUGGGUGGCAAGCUCCUCACAACCUCACCUGUUGGAACUCAGCUUCCCUGAUGGCCUCCCUUUGUACUGUCACCAUGACAUUCUAUUACUGACCCAUGCCUCUCUUCACAGAAGGAAAAUUGGAGUCUGUGGGGCAGUUAGUGUCUUCUGUCACCUUAUAAUCUUGUCCAAUUUCGUGCAUUUCCAAUAAGACAGGUCCCACCACCAAGGAGAGAAAAGAUCCCCCACAUACAUAUCCUUAGCUUUGUCAUAAAAUGUGCGUGCUCAUGGGCCAUGGCCAACUUUUUGCACCAUGAGAGAGAUUCGUAGGCAGGCAGCCAAGUCCCCAGCCCUUGUGUGUCCUUGGAAUACCACAAGGCACACCUGAGUGACUCCAGCCGUGCUUGUCCCUGAAUCUGGCCUGGAGGGUGGGUCAGAAGGCAGGAGUGGCAGGCAGUGAGGAUGGUAAGCAAUGAUGGGUGACAAAACCCAGGUGACUAAGGACAGACUGUAGAAUGCACAGAGCAGCAAUGCUAAUGAGGUUGAAUAUCCCAGUAGUGGCAGGGCUGGGUAGGAGGCACCGAGGGGAAGGCACAGUCUGUGCUGAGGCUAACGAGGCGGUCUCAUAAAGGAGAUCGGUGACCACGUGGAAAGCCAUGUUCCGUACGAGCUGCAUAACGUAAAAGGUAGGUGUGAGACUGGCAGUGCGAUGAGGGUUCAGAGGGAAGAGUGGGGAGAGGGUCCUGCCGCAGUGUUAGCCCUGGGGCUCAGCUGCAGUGCACAGAAAUGAUUUUAGCUUUUUUAAACAAAAAAGCUUUGAGUAUGAAGAUGCAAGAUUACAUCACUGUCAUGAUCUGUGGAUCAGGAAACUCCAGCACCACACAGUAGUUGCUUAGACCUGCAACAGAAAGUGAAUGCCCUUUAUACUGCCACCUUGACCCCCACUCAGCUAAGUUCCAGUUCAAGGCUCAGCUCUGACCAGUGUGACUCUGCUGGGCAUCAUCCUACAAAGUGAGGGGUUGCCAGUUCGAUUCCCAGUCAGGGCACAUGCUCGGUUGCAGGUUCUAUUCCCA